GAAAAAUACUCAAUUGUCAACAAGCUGUGGAAAAUGCCUUUUGCGAUUUCAUUGCCACUUGCUCUCCAGGUUUCUUUGAAGCUGGCAUAAAAAAGCUACCUUUAAGAUGGCAAAACUGUGUUGAUAAUUUAGGCGCAUACUUUGAUUAAUUGUAUUGCUGCUUGUUUGAGAUACAAUAAGCUACGCUUUUGAUUUAAAAUUGGACAUACAGUAUGGGUCCACUGGGUAUUUCACAAAUUUGAGAUUUUAGUGAUCUCAUUGUCUUCUAUAUUUGAAAUAUUUUGCUAGUUUGUCUUAGGAUUUGUCAUGACUCGUGUCAUUCACAAGUAUGGCUAAAGAAAAAUCCAAAAAGAAAAGACCAAAGGAUAUGCAAUAGUGAGAUAAGUAGUUACCUUCGAUUUUUGUUUUUAUUUACUUAAUUGCUGUAUACUCUUUCAUGGAGAUGAAGACAAAGUCACUGUAGUUUGUUUUAGCCUUUAAUUGAAACGGUUUGAGAAUUCAGAACUCUGAAUUUGUGCUUUUAAUGACAAAGAUGUGACAAGACAGUUUAGUUAGAUGAAUGCAGGAAUAAAUGGGAAGAAGGUGGUAACUCCUGAGCCUGAGUUUUUAAAUUGUGUGCUAAAUGGAGAUGCUUUUGCUGGUAUACAAAGGGCACACUUUGCCUUGUAGUUUUCUAUGCGUAAGUUUUUCUUAGAAGUUCCAUUUGAUUUUGGGAAAUGGCUUUUUGGCCAUUGUACACUAAUGUAUUGAUAAUUGUACAUUAGUAUGUGGCUAAUGAUAAAACCAUUUUUUACCUGUACUCAAAAGAUUGCUUUUGUUGGAAAUGAGAGUGCUAUUCUGGAAUCUUGUUGCAUUGAAUAGUUUUAGAGUGUAAAAACUGAAAGGUUAAACUGAAUGCAGUUUAUAGUGUUUUGGGUUUUUUUCUUUCUUAAAUUGAUCUUAAAAGGACUGUUCCAAGAAAAGCUUAAAAACCUGGUAAAUGAUUUUGCCUAAAUCCACAUUACUAAUGGUGGCAUAGUCUAUGUCGAACUUUGUAGUAAAUAAUAACUGUGUGUCAGCGUUUAUUUGUUUAGGGAGGCUAUCACAUUUACCAAAUUUCAUAAUUUCAGAAAAGUGAUUAAAGCAAAGAGAAGUGAUGGAUAAGUCAGGAAUGGAUUCUCUUGACUACAUGCCAUUGGACUCAGCUGCUGAAAUUGAAAAUCAAAGUGAUAACUCUUCUGGUAGCAGCUUAUUUAAAACACAGUGUGUUCAUCACUCACCUAGACGGAGUCAAAGAAACCCCAUUAGAAAAUCUCUCCAUUUGCCUGAAAGUGUUCAAGCAAGAGAUUCAUCAAGUGAUUCAAGUAUAGAACCAGUGACUUUAAAAGCUAUUUUUGAUAGAUUCAAGAAUAGGAAACGUAAAUGCAAAAAGAGAAAAUACAAACCAACAGGAAGACAAAGGGGAAGACCCAAAGGAAGUAAAAACAGUAGAUGUUCACAAAUAAGUAAGAAACUGUUGGAAGACAAAGGACCUGGGUUCCCAUUUUUGGAAUCAGAGACUGACAGAAAACCAUUACCUUGGAGAAAAAUUUUAAAUUUUGAGCAAGCUGUUGCAAGAGGAUUUUUUAACUACAUUGAAAAACUAAAGUAUGAGCACCACCUUAAAGAAUCAUUGAAACAAAUGGAUGUUGGCGAAGAAUUAGAAAAAGAAGAUUUUGAUAGUCGUAGAUACAAAUAUUUGGAUGAUGAUGGAUCCAUUUCUCCUAUUGAAGAGUCGGUAGCAGAGGAGCAGGAUGCAACACAUACUGAACAGGAUGAAUGUGAUAUCAAAUUAGGAGCGGAUAGUUGUUUCAUAAUAAGUUCUGAUUUCCCAAGAAAGAUUAGUAUACAAGAGAAUAGUACUAAAGAAGCUGCUGUGUCUAAAAAGAGAGCUACAAAGGCCAAAAAACAAACAAGAGGACACCACGGAGACAGGAACAUGAAUAUCAAAGAAGGCCUUUAUCUUGAGAACAUGAUGUCUGGAGUUGAAGGUAUGUCUUAAAGUAUUGGCAUAUCCCACUGAUCUGUACUAUUCCUGAGUGAUGGCUUUAGGUACUAAUGAUUUGAACUCAUUCACUUUUCCAAGAGGGUGUCAAAUUGAGAACCAGGCAGAUCCAACUACUCUAAAAACGACCGUGAAGUAACAUGCUCGAAGAAAUUAGGUUCCAAAAAUUCUUGGUGAAGAGUUUAAGUUUUCAUCAUUAUGCCCAUAAAAAAGCAGCCAAAAUAAAAAGAAUUGUGGCAAGCAACUUCUGGUAAGACAAAAGCACCUUUUUGCCGAAGAAUAUAAUGGUCAUCACCAAGGCUUUUAGAAUGCAGUUUCUCAUUUGCUGUGGACAUGACCAUAAAAAAACUUCCCACUUAGGUUUUCUAUCUGCUACUUUGCUAGCACUCAGCCUAGUGGGAACAUUUUAUUAACCCUUUAUUAGACUAUUUUACUUCCAUUGCCUAGAUGAGCACUGUCCAUGUGAAAAUACAAGGCAAGCAGCAUGUGGUUAUUUAAUAUCUGAAAUUUAUAGCAAACUCAUUUCACAUUCUCACUGGCCACAGUGCACACACCUAGCUAAUUAUCAUUAUAACUCUUCUGGAUUGCUAAUAAGUAGGGUUUCAUUAUGUGAUCAUCUCUGGAAAUGUAACUUUUAUGUUGUUAUGUAGGGCUGACAGGACAACUAUGGAUUGAGGAUCUGUUCUUUUAAAAAGGUAUGUACUACACAUUAGGAAAGGGCAUUGGUCAUUUCAAAGAGGGCUCAUGGAGUUGUGAAACCAAGAGCUCUUAACGCUGUGACCAAAUAUUGAAGUUCUCUGCAGGAUGUUGUAACACUAAAUAGUGCUAUGUUUUCCUGAGGAGAGGUACAAGACAUUGCCACUCAUCAUUAUGACAUUAAAUCAUCCAUGAUUGUUGAUAUGGGAAACUAAAUGUCUCAGAUAUAACUGAAAUAUUUCUUCUUCAGGGCCAUCUUGAAGGUAAAUCUUCAAAGACCACCAACCUUUGAGGAACUAAGGCUACCUUGAUAUGGACAGUGGAAGGAAUCAUCUGUGAAAUUCCUUGAAUAAAAAUUUAUUGACUUUAAAAAAAUAAAUAAUUUUGCCUUAAUGCCAUAAUAAAAAAACUUUUUAUACUU